AUGGAGUGCUUCCUGCAUGCCAGGGCACAAGAGACAGUACAUGGAGCACUAAUGGUGCUCACUAUUGCAGGCCGACCUGAUGGUACGCCUCACUCACAUGCUUCAUCAAACGUUACCUAUCAACUUUUAGGAACUUGCCUCAGUGAAAUGGCUAAGAGGGGAGUAGUUAGUGAAGAUAAACUAGAUGCAUUUAACAUUCCAAUUUACUGCAUGUCUCCCCAAGAACUGGAAGCUGCUGUUGAACUAAAUGGAUGUUUUAGCAUAGAGAGUAUGGAGAUCUUACCUCAUGUCCCAACACUUGACUGUGUCUCUGACACUGCUCCACUCGUUGCAUUGCAUGUUAGAGCUGCUACAGAAGGACAGUUUAAGCAGCAUUUUGGGGAUGAAAUCUUAGACGAGCUCUUCGACUUAAUCACAAUACUACAAUAA